UGCCUCCUGUGAUCAUUACAGAAAUGCUGGCGUGAGCUCUUCCGGAAACAAUGAAGAGAAAAUGGACACACUGUGUUGUUUGUGCCAUCAUCCAGAUCCAGUUUUUCAGGGGAGUGUGGGAAGAGCUAUUCAAUGUCGGAGAUAACAUGUAUGCUCUACCUGGUUCUGAUGUCAACUUGACCUGCCAAACAAAGGAGAAAGACUUCUUGGUACAGAUGCAAUGGUCCAAGGUCACAGAUAAGACUGACAUUAUGAUUGCUCUUUAUCAUCCCACAUAUGGCUUCUACUGUAGGCAGGGGCAUGCCUGUGAAUCACAAGUGGCUGCCAUAGAAACUCCGAAGGGUAUAACAAAUUGGACUCUGUACUUAAGGAAUAUCUCUUCCACCCACAGUGGAAAGUAUAAGUGCAUCUUUACUCUGUAUCCAGAAGGCAUCAAGACUACAGUCUACAACCUCAUUGUGGAACCCUAUACACAAGAGGAACACAACCGUACAAUAGAAAUAGAGACAAAUCGGACUCUGGAAAUACCAUGCUUUCAAAAUACCUCCUCAGAAAGUUCACCUAGCUUCACCUUUUCAUGGUUGGUGGAGAAAGGUGGAGUGGAAGAAGUUCUCUUCACCCACGAUCACCACGUCAACAAUUCCACAUCAUUUAAAGGCAGAGUCGGACUGGGUGCAGACUACGGACUCCACCUCUCCCCAGUCCAAAUCCAAGAUGAUGGCAGGACAUUCUCUUGCCGUCUGAGUGUCAGUCCUGUCAAAGCCUGGAAGAUGUCCACCACAGUCAAGGUUUUUGCUAAGCCAGAAAUCCUCAUGACUGUGGAAAACAGCACCAUGGAUGUUUUAGGAGAGAGAGUAUUUACCUGCCUACUGAAGAAUGUGUUCCCCAAAGCAAAUAUCACCUGGUUAAUAGAUGGAAGAUUUCUUCAAGGCAAUGACGAAGGAAUAUACAUAACAAAUGAAGAGAAAAACGGCAGUAGUGGAUUUCGGGAACUAAAGUCAGUUUUCAUAAGGAUGCAUAAAAGUCCAUCCCAAUCAAACAACAUGACAGUUUGUUGUAUGGCUCUGUCGCCAGGCCCGGGAAAUAAAAUGUGGAAUACUUCAUCACAACCCAUCACGUUUUCCUUGGUUUCAGAUUCUGUGAUUGCCCCAACAAGACGUCUACCCAACGGGACACAUCCUACCCUGGGUACACAACCUUUUCCAGAUGCCAAAGUGUCUCCUACAAGAUAUCUAGCUACAUCUUCAGUGACAAUUGUAGAUGAAAAUGUGUUGACACCAGAUGCAACUCUUCGAAGUGAGUAUACCUCAAGACCUGCUUCCUCUUCUAAUAGUGGAUCUUGGCCUUUUCCUUCCACUUCUCCUCCAGAAUGGUGGCCAAUACCUGAUACCUCCACUGGACCCCAAGAGCCAGACACCCCAGUUUCAUGGAUACCCAGUGAAGUGCACGCUUCAGUCCCUUCAGAUGCAAGCUUAGCUCCUCAUGAUGCCAUCAUCAGUACAACCAAAGAAUUUCCAGAUGCUCUCACAACUGCAGAUGGAACUACUAAAAUUGACCACGGCCCUAUCACCAGUAUCAUAGUUAAUAAACCUAGAGAUGGAAUGUCCUGGCCUGUGCUUGUCGCUGCUUUGCUGUGUUUCUGCAUACUAUUGUUUGGGAUUGGAGUAAGAAAAUGGUGUCAGUAUCAAAAAGAAAUCACUGAAAGAGAAAUGUUUUCUUCCCAGCAUGGAAAGACCCCCACCUUUCAAGCCACCACCACCUCCCAUCAAGUACACGUGCAUUCAGGAACCCAGUGGACAUGGCCUGCCUUGUCAUGAGAUGGAGGUCCUCUAAGCUUUUGAGCCUUGCCACAGCACAGCAGUGCUGGAGUCCUGUAGGAAGGGAGAUAUUGUACAAUAUUAAUAUCAUCACCAGCCAGACAUGCCUCUGCUUCAGCUGAAAUGAAUGUUGGAAAUAAAUGAGUUGUUUUCCCA